AUGAUCCGAGAGUCUUCGGGCAAGUCUUCGGAAGAUGGCGCCACAGAGGCGCAGCUGGUGCUGGUGUCACACCCUCAUCAACUGCCAUAUUUGUCUUUGAUGGCUGCGGCCGCUGGCUUCCGAAAGGUGGCCGUGGCGGAUCCCAGGCUCUUUGAAGGGAUCCCCUGGCGAACCUUCGGCUGUACAGACUUGGGCUACAGCCGCGGCACCAAUGCGAGCCAUGCCUUAGCUCAAGAGGCGGUGCGCUUGGAGUCUUAUGUGACGCAGUUGAGGGAAACAGAGCCACAGAGGCUGGAACGUUUGCAGCCCUUGUUGCAGAAGGUCAAUGCCACCUUAGCCUUUCAUCGCUGCGUCGUACAGGCGGGCACUGCAAAGAAUUGUGGAGCCUGA